AUGUUUGAACGUACCCAUUUAUACUCCCGGCUGGUUGAGAACCUCCCACCGCUGCCCUGGCAGUCCGGUGACCCCAAUGUCAAAGGGGAUCCCCGGAAGAGUGUCAAAUGGAUCGAUGGCCUCCGCGGCAUCGCCUCCUUCCUUGUCGUCCUUACCCACCUCGCCCGCGCCUGGGAUUACGACCUCUUCUCCCCCCGCGACACCGAAGACUCCCCACCACGAAUCCUACAACGGCCCAUCCUCCGCAUCCCGUGGCAAGGCCGCAUAGGAGUGACGAUUUUUGCGUUUCUCACAGGUUACGUCUGCGCGCUCAAACCCCUCAAACAAUCCCGUAACGCCGACACACUCGGCAGUUUCACCUCCAUUGCCAAAAGUGCCUUCCGGCGCCCUCCACGGCUGAUCCUCCCCGCGACAAUCGCAAUGUUUAUAUCUUGGACGCUCGCGCAGUUCGAUGGGUAUCUUACCGCGCUGCGGUCUGAUUGCUGGUGGUGUCGGUAUGCGGCGCCGAAGGUGAAGGAAACGCUUUGGGAGGAGGUGGUUGAGCUGGGGAGGAACUUUUUGAGUGUGUGGACGGAUGGGUUUAUGGCGUAUGAUGAUCAUCAGUGGGCGUUGUUGCCGUUGUUGUUGGCGUCGAUGUUGGUUUAUGUGUUGCUGGUUGCGACUAUGUUUGUUAAGUUUCGGUGGCGGUUGGCGAUUUAUUUGGGGAUGUUCUUGUAUUUUCAUCAAAGUCAGGUGGAGAAUGUUGAGACGUUCCAAAUGCAAGCAAUCUAUGGCAUGUUCCUCAGCGACCUCGCCUACGAGUCCUCUUUCAAAACCUUUAUGGAAACACACACCUGGCUCCGCAAAGUAAUCUCUAUCCCCCUCACCAUAGCCGGCCUCCUAAUAGCAAGCUACCCCGGCGAACACCCCGACUGGUCCACCUGGUCCAACUACAUGUACGAAACAGCCCCCUACAUUUUCCCCCCAGACGUCAACAUCGGCAAACGCUACACAGCUCUGGGCGUCGACCUUAUCAUUUUCGCCAUUUACAUCUCCCCCUCCACAAAAGACUUCCUUUCAAACCGCCUCCUGCUGUGGCUCGGGAAGCAGUCUUUCGCGGUGUAUCUUGUGCACGGGACGUUAUUACGGACAGUGCUUUGCUGGAUGCUGUAUGGGAUUACAGCGCAGCCGUGGGAUCCAAUUUUUGAUGAGAACGGGGAGUUUGCGGUUGAACCGUGGAUUCCGAUUCGGGGGCCUGUCGUUGUUGGGAUAAGUAUUCCGGUUUGGAUUGGGAUUGUGUAUGUUUGUGCUUCGCUUUGGACGAGGUAUGUGGAUACAUUUUGUGCGAGGAUUACGCAGAGGUUGGAGGGGUGGAUGUUUGUCGAGGAUGAGAAGAGUGGUAGGGAAGAGGCGCCGGCAUUGCCGUUGACGACGGUGCCGAUGCGGACUACUUGA